ACUCUGCGCCUGACGCCUCAACCGUCCUCUCACCAUUUGAACACUACCAUAACUAUGAAGAUGACACUUGUGUUGUUCUGGCUAUGCUCUGGAUUUUUUUACUUCACAUUUGCAUCAUAUCGUCUACGUCAUUUUUCGAUUGGUGACAAAAAAGAUUGGAAAAAUUCAUUGGACGAAUGUAAAGAAGAUGCAUCAUCAUUUGUAACUGUGUAUGAUGAUGAGGACGCAAUGUUUGUAUGGAAUUACACCAAACAUAUAGACAGCAGCAGAUGGCUUGGUCUGCAUAGAAAUAUCUUAAUUACUAAGAAUACUUGGUCAAACGGCAACCCUCUCAUGGUAAAUUAUUCAUCUGUGAAUGUAAGCGAUUGGACACAAGAAUGUGAAGCGAUUGGCAAUAAUACAUGGAGAGGUUUUAACUGUUCAGAGAGGAAUUAUUUCAUGUGCUACAAGGGUAAUAAUUACACCCUGGUUGAAAAUAAGAAGGACUGGUGUCAGGCGCUGCAGUACUGCAGAAAACACUUCACUGACUUGGUCAGCAUCAGUAACCCGGAACAAAAUAAGGAAGUGAUUGCAAAGGGAAAUGGCACAACCUUCUGGAUUGGACUCCGGCAUGAUAACUGGGAGUGGGUGGACAAAGGCUGCUCUUCCUUCAGAAAAAUUGACAAUACUUAUAAUAAUUAUGAAGACGAAAAUUGUACUGCUCUCCGCAGAGAUAGUAAGGUUCCAGAUAUACUGUAUCAAUUUGGGUGUUAUACUGGGGCACAUUCCUUUUGCUCCAAAGGUACUGUGAGAAUAAAAGUCAUUGGUGAGAAAAAGACCUGGGAAGAGGCCUUUGACUACUGCAGAGAACACCACACAGACCUGCUGUGGAUUAGGGACAGGAACGAUUCUUACGCUCUUGAUCAGUGGCUAAACCAAAGUACAGUUGAUGGUCCAUUCUGGAUUGGUCUGAGGCAGAGUCGUGUCUUUGGAUUCUGGAUUUGGACAAGUGAGAGUAACAAUGCAGUGACCUGGGACAACUGGAAGAAUGGUGAGGCACCUCAGCUGCCCCUUUCUGACCACUGUGCUGUCAUCAACGAGACGGACAGGACGAGCGAUGGGGGAGUGUGGAGCGAUGAGAACUGUUUGGUUAAGCAUCAUUUUCUUUGUGAGGAGAAGAUCUUUUUCAUGAAUUAGCUCUAAAGUUCAUCUGUAUUGAUUGAUUAGAUUUUCAUAUCAAUGUGGGGUUGAUACCUGAUUGUGGGGAUGUUUGUUGUUUUUCAUAUAUACUUGUUUAUUUAUGUAUGUAAUAUCAUCUGUGUCCAGAUUUUCUGUAUAAAUGUCAAUAAUAAUUGGUUAAAAAAACAUUGAUGACUUGUAUAUAAUGAUACAGUGUACUCCACAGAAGUAGAACUAUAUACAGUAAUUAAUGGUGGAAAUUAAUUAAUUCUGCACCACUGUGUCAUUUUAAUCAAUCCAACCAAUAAUACAAUCAGAUCAAUACAGAUUUGUGUUUGUUUUCAUGAAAUCUCAGUUAGGCCCAUGUCUGACUUGUAAUCAUUGAAAUGCAUAUUCUACUUUUGUAUUUACAUUUAUAACUUUUAACCCAACUCCAAACAUGUUAUACUCUUUAUGUACUUAUACUCAUUUUAUACUUCCACACAUGGAAAAUGUCAGUUAUAAAUAAGGUGUGGGACAGCACAUAGAUCUUUAAGAACUGUAAGAGUAGAACACAUUGUUUCAUGUAAAAAUCGAAAUAGAAAUUAGUUUAAGUUUCUGUUUAAAUUUCUUCAUGCUUGCUUGCAAUAAAAUACAAUAAAAUUCAA